GGCUAUAGUUCCCAGACCUAAAAAUAUAAUGACUAUGGCCUAUGGGCCAAUAAGUCGGUAUCACUAUAGUUGCGGAUAGAUUGGUGGGAUUUUUGCUUGUUGAAGUUGGUAGUUGCGAAUUUGAAAAUGUCUGAUUCUCGUUUUUAGUUAUUAAUUUACAAAUAAGUUUUAUUAUUUAAAUUUUGUUAAUUUUUAACUAACAAAUAAAUUACAAGUGGUUAUUGGUAAUUGGUGAAUGGUGGCUUGUUUGUGUCGUUUUUGUACUCGUGAGCAGCGUCUACUGACAAUAUAGUCAUAUUGAGUUGUUGUGUUGAAUAAAUUAAAGUGCUUACCUAAACUUAAUAAUAAUUAUUAAUAGGUUUCACAGUUUCGUCAUGGAACUUAGGAGCCUCACGACAUGUAUAGUGAGAAUGUUUACGUCUCACUAUUUAAACAAGCCAUUGAACACUAUAUCUGACAUAGAUAUAAAUAAUUUUCUAUGUAGUAUAAAUCGAUUUGGUACAAGAGCGGACGUUGCAAGGCAAGUUCUCUCUAUUUUGUUUGGACGCAUAACUAAAGAUUAUGACGUGUUGCUGGGUAUCGUGGUUGGUUGGCUGACCUUAACAAGAAUAAAUAAUUUUCAGGCUGUACUCGAAAAUUAUAAAUUACCAGACUAUAAUAUACUAAUAAAGGACUGGAAGAUAACGAGAAAUCACUCAACAUUCAUGCCGCAUGAGUCAGUAUUGAAAGAAAUUCAGAUGAUCGUAUAUUAUACAUGUUAUAAAUGGUGCCAGUCCAAACGUGGUCUUGAGGAAGGUUGUGGUCCAAAUGUCCUGCAAAUAUGGCCUAAUCAAAGGUUGAAAAGGCGCAUAAUUCCUGGUGAUGAAUCUCAACCAAUGGAUAUGGUGCUUAACACACAACCUUUGAAACAAGUACCACAGAAACCAUCAACUGAAAUCCCUGAAGCUUCUCAAUCUGUUAAGGAAGAAACUCUUAGAAUAUUUGAUCCUACUCUGGGCCGUGAAGUUGAAAAUAUAAAUAAUAGAGGAGGGAAAAAAUUUCAAAAUGUGUCCCAACUACAAUUCAAUAAAUUGGCAAGAGAAAGUAAUUUAGUACGCUCAAAAACCAGACAACAUUAUAAUGCUCAGGAAAUAAACAAAACUGUUCGACAAAUUUUGAACGACAUUUCUCCUGAUAAAAUUACUUUAUUAACUGAGCGUUUCAAUACGUUGUCUAUUGAUAAUAUUGAAUUAUUAGAGACAACUGUGAAUUUAGUUUUCGAAAAGGGAAUUGAAAAACAAGGUUUUGCACCACUUUGUUCAUCUUUAUGUUCAGCUAUGCAAACUGUACAAGUUCUUCAUAAUGGUAAAAUAGUAACAUUUAUGAACUUAAUUAUAAAUAAAUGUGAAAUAAUGUUUGAAAUAGACAAGGCCCAAGAAAUGGAUUUUGCUAAGAAACUCACUGCAUGCAAAGAUCUAGAAAAGAAACAAAAACUUCAAGUUGAAUAUGAAAAAUAUAAAAGAACAUCACAUGAACGUUCUGUUAGAAAUUGCCGGUUUAUGGGUGAAUUAUUCAAAAAAAACAUUUUUACUCCAACUAUUAUUAUGUAUCGCAUCGAGAAAUUAAUCACUAAGCGUGUUGAAGAACCACUAGAGUGUUUAUGCAUUUUAUUAAAGACUGUUGGAAAAGAAUUAGAACAGAUGUUCAAUUUAAACGAUAUUUUUUAUCAAUUAAAUACUUUAAAAUCCAAAAAUAUUAAGUCAAAGAUUCCAUUAAAAAUAGUCUUUAUGAUUGAAGACUUAAUAAAUGUACGCAAAAAUAAAUGGAAUUUUAAUCGUAUUGAUAGUUAUAUGAUUUUAAUAAGUAAAAUACAAGAUAUUGUAGCAAAUGAACAACAACCUAUGGCGCUAGCCAAAAAUAUACCUGAAGAAGGAGAUCAUCAUCACAAUAAUAAUAAAAUAUCGCCCAUAGAGCCAGUUGAACCACCCAAGGAUAAAGCAGUUUUACUGAACUCAAUAGUUCAUAAUAAAAUUAAUAUGCAAUGUAAAAAAAUACUUCUAGAUUAUGAGCAACUGCAAAAUUUAGAUGAUAUAAUCUAUUCAUUAUCAAAAAAUGAAUCUUCUGUAAUCCACACAAAGUAUGAAGAGUUUGUGAAAUCUAUGUCACUUAUAACUUUAGAUAAUCCUAUCAGUCGUGCAACAGUGGCAGGAAAGAUUUUUGCAGAACUUUUAACCAAAAAAAUUCUCCCAAUGACAGCUAUCAAUCAAGGAAUUGAUGAUGUUCUUAGUUAUUGGAAUGAUUUUUUGAUGGAUUACCCUCAAUUUUUUUCCUAUAUUGCUGCCAUUAUUGCUCCAUUAUUAUUAUCACAGAAUGCUUCCUUCGACUUCAACAAUUUAAAAGAUUCAUGUAAAUCCAUACGACCAGACAAUUCUAGUAAAUUGUUGACCGAAGUUUUAUAUCAAAUUAAUAGUUCCAAGGAAACACAGAACAUCAAAGAAGAAUUAUGUGGUAUAUUGUGGAUUUACAAUAAGUGGAAUACGUUAGAAAAUGUUACUCUAGACGUCUUUAUGCCCAAUAACCAAAUAAAUAAAUAUUUUAAAAAAGAUCGAAUUGGUGUAUUCCUUUUAUCUAUUGCAAUUUAUGAUAAAAUUAAGUUAAUUGAUGAUAUAAAAAUCUGGAUAUGUACUAAUAUCAGUGCAGAAAUUAUAAAAAGCCCUCUGUUUGUGAGAGCAUUAACUAUAGCCAUUGUCAUUUUAUGUUUGAAAUUGAAUUAUUCUUAUGAGGAUUUCUUUGAUGCUACUCAUUUGAUGUUGUUAACAUAUUAUAUUAAUUUACUCCCAGAACAUGAAGAAAUCCAGGCACGAGAAGUACAGUGUAUGUUCGGCAUUCAAAUAAUGUCUGCUGCACUUAAUCAUCCUAAAGGAAUGGUAUUAAAAAUAUUAAAUAAUCUCUAUCAAUAUAGAGUUAUAAGUAAAGAAUCGUUUGAACUAUUCAUAGAAGAAUAUGAAAAAAUAAAAUAUGAAAAAUAAACUUUUUUUUUAGAUAUUAAUUUAUUUUCUUUGGAAUU